GUUUGUGUUAGCUAGCUAGCGGAGGAGGACAUAUCUGCUGUUUGUUGUCUACGUCUACGGUAUCUACACGGUAGUUGAAAUAGCGGUCACGUCGGCACACCGUCUUGGGCUCUCAUGUAUUGGAUGUUAUGGCCGGUUGUUAUGUGACCCAAGCGUUGCCGGUAGGACUUGGACUCGAGCCAUAAGAAAUCUCCCAGAGGUGUAUUUACUUCAGAGUCUUCCUCUGUGCCUUCGCAAGGGGCAAUGACUGGUUGUGUCACAACCACAGGAGGACUGCUGUGUACCGAGUCGAGAUACACAGUACAUACAGACAUACAUCGUGCAGGCGCACAUACCAAACCGAAAACGUGAUGGCGCAGGCUUUGAAGCCCAGUACAGCAGCUCCAAGUCAAGUCGCGGCAAGCAACCCUACCCAGCUUCGCUUCAAAGAGUAUGAUCCUUUCCGGCCCAAAAGGACAAAAGACCAUAUAUGCGACAUUUGCCAAGUUGGUUUCGCAAGCGAAAAGGCUGUGAAAAGCCACAAGAGGCUUCGGCAUGCAAGCAAGCCAGCUGACAGCCAGGCAUGCCAGAUGUGUAGUUGUGCUUUCGGUCACGGCUCCCAGCUGAUGAAACACUAUUUGCGGGAGCAUGGCGAGGAACUCAAUAUCAGAUGUUUGAGUUUCAACAAUGAAGCAGAAUUCAAAGAUUGGAAGCUGGGAGAGCAGACAAGAACAGGCGCUCGCUAUGUGAAGACACGUGGAACUAAUAAUGGCAUCGCUACAUACAUGUGCGACAGAAGUGGUGCUUCGCGGUCUCAAUCUGGCUCAACAAAACGGACCAAGAAGAUUGGUGUUAUUUGUACAGCACGGAUGAUUGUGUCACCCCAACCAGACGGAAGCCAGAAUGUAAAGUAUUUCACCAAACACUGUGGACACGAACUUGAGUACGUCAAGCCUGCAGAUGCUACGUCUGUGCCCAAAACAGAGCCUACUUCGAAAACGCCGGUCUCUUUAGCUGAUGCUGGCACGGAUAGCGAUUUGCCACAAGCAGUGAUAGAUCCAGAGCUAAUGGACCAAUUGGUUGCAGAGUUCCUUCGCAAUGACACCAAUGACUGCAUGAAAAGAAAAAGACGGCAUUCGUCACCACCCUCUGACCUCUCGGAAGGCGAAAUCGAUUCCUCAUCAGAAUCGUCCGAGAAUGAGGAUACUGUAGUGACUCUGCGACGCAAACUGGCAGCUGCAGAAAGUGCGAACACGACACUUCAGAACAAGUUGACGCGGCGCGAGCUGGAUCUGGAGAACUCUCAGAAGUACGCGGCGUCACUGCGCGACCACGCCGAGUUGCUUACCAGCAAGAUCCAGCAGCAUCGUACGGCCCUGUCGGCUGCUCGCGAUGCACUGGCUGCUGCCACUACCCAGUGCUCUUGUUCGCACUUGGCUGACUGUCCGAAGACAAAUGGUGCUGAUUUAGCUUCCACCGCUCCAUCAGCAACCAAGUCGUCAGCGAAAACUUCGUCCGACCAAUCUGUUAGCAAGAGUGAUACAACCGCCGGCAGUACUGCUCACACGAAUGGUGAAACAAGCUUACCAUACCCUGGUGUGUCCUUUGCGAAUUCAGCGUCUUCGGUCAACGCAUCGCCAGCUGUACCAUCAGCUCCGUUGGCUUCAGAGGUCAACACAGCCGCAGCACUGGCAUCUGCAGCUGAGGAGGGGAUGCGGCAAGCUGGCUUUGUGUAUGACAGUCGCUCGGGCAUGUACUACGACUUCUCCAGUGGAUACUACUAUGACCAGUCGACGCGUCUCUACUACGACAACAACUCUGGCGUCUUCUACACACGCGACGCGGCGACUGGUGCGUUCGAUGUGCACCACACCAUUGACCUGUCGGCCGUGGUGCCUCCAACGUCCCAGGCCGCAAGUGACGGCAGUGCAAUGAAAGAAGGCAAUGUACAAGAUGAGGACUCUGAUGAUGGAAACGCCGGAGCAACCACAGAGGAUGAACUGCCACCCCCAGCGCCCUGUAUACGUGCUAUUGUGCUGACGUCGGAGAAGCUCAAGGUUGGAUCGUUGUUCGUUGUGACGUGCGAUGGCGGCACGAUUGGUCGUGACCGUGAUCUGGGCCACGCUAUUCGAAUACCGGAGCUUGUCGUCAGCAAGGUUCAUGCCAAGAUCGAGUUCGAUGACGAAGAGCAAUUGUACUUCAUCACGGAUUAUGGUAGCCGGAAUGGCACAUUCAUCAACAGUGAAAGACUGAGUGAGAGUCAAGUUCGUAGUGAGGCGCAUUGCUUGAAACAUGGUGAUCAGCUGCAAGUGGGCAUGCACACUCGCCUGCUCUGUCACAUUCACGCAGCCGGUGAGACAUGUAACAACUGUGAGCCAGGACAAGUGCAGGCGUGGUUGGCAGCUAGACCUUCAGAUAAUGACAAUGGGGUAUCACCAAAAGUCUCUCACAAGCAAGCCUUAAAUCGACUGAAGAGUCUCUACGGUUUGGCGAGACGUGAUGUUGGAGACGAGGUUGAUGUGCCUGUUUCAGACGGAUUCAAGGAUCGAGCAGCCGCAAGGCGCAGCGCAGUGGGUGUCGACCAGCCGCCGAUUCCCUCGCCUUCAGGGGUGAAGUCUUCCUCUGUUGAUCAGCCGAUAGGAAAUGACAACAAAGGCCGUCGUCUUCUGGAGAAACUAGGGUGGCAGGACGGCGAUGGGUUGGGUCAGCGGCAAGAUGGCAUGGCUGCACCGAUUAGUGUCCAGGGUCAAGCGAGAAGCCGGAGUGGUAUUGGAUUCAGUGCCCCAGCUACAGCAGCAGCUCCAAGUAGCUCUCCGAACAGCGGUAACAAGUGGCAGAAGGCCCAGGCUCGAUUUGAGCAAGUUACUCAAAAACAGUCUCUGGACAUGUUUGCUGAUUGAUGUUGCUAAGUUGUACGGGAUCGGUCCAUGCACUUCCUGUGUUCUCGGCAACUUUUUUUUUUUUAAGCAUAUUCAGCCAAAACAAGUGGAACCGGAUGUGCUCUUCGGUUGUGUUUUGGUUGGAACGCUGUUCCAGAAUACUCAGCCACGUGUUUCUUUCAGCUGUUCGGCUAUCCUGCUUUUUUUCCAACCGUGCUAACCAAGUUUGAAUUUACAAGGGUGUUUUUAUUAUUUUAUUUACAGGCCGCUUUUCAAGAAAAUACGAUAAUCCUAAUCAAUGGUGCAGCAGUAACCACAUACCUACUGAAACUGCAUGUACAUCAUGUUUGUGUCUUUCCCUCAAAGCAGUGAACAUCAUGUACAUGACUGUUUAACAGAA